AUGGCCGUCUUUCGAGCCCUCUUCUCCAGGCGCACAUUCUACGCGGUGACUGGCAGUACCCUCCUUGGCGCGGGAGGGGGCUAUUACUAUCUGAAUUCUGGGCCAGCCUACCCCAGUUCGAGCAAGGAGACACGUCGGCCACCUCCGCCAUGGACGCCGCCUUCCAGGGAGGAAAUGCUGAAUCGUCUAAAAGCAACGGCGCCGAAGCAGGCUCGGAGUGAUCCCGAAGAGGAGGAAUUCGACCUCCUUAUUGUCGGAGGGGGAGCCACGGGCGCGGGAUGUGCGGUCGAUGCUGCUAGCAGAGGCUUGAAGGUAGCACUCGUUGAGAGGGACGAUUUCGGCGCUGGAACCUCUUCAAAGUCGACAAAGCUUGUUCAUGGAGGUGUUCGGUACCUUCAGAAAGCAGUGAUGGAGCUCGACUAUGAGCAAUACAAGCUUGUUCGCGAAGCUCUGCAUGAACGGCGCAUUUUCCUCCAAACCGCACCCUAUCUAUCGGCAAUGUUACCAAUAAUGCUCCCAAUAUACAAGUAUUGGCAAGUCCCAUAUUACUGGGCUGGUUGCAAGAUGUACGACGUCCUCGCAGGGAAGGAAAAUAUGGAGUCAUCAUAUCUCAUGAGCAAGGGGAAAGCCCUUGAGACAUUUCCAAUGUUGAAAAGCGAAGGAUUGGUCGGGGCAUUGGUAUAUUACGACGGGCAACACAACGACUCAAGAAUGAACACGGCGUUGAUCAUGAGUGCUGUCAAGGCCGGCGCCAUCGUUGCGAACUAUUGUGAAGUCACUGAUCUCCACAAAGGCGAAACAGGCAAGUUAAACGGCGCACGGCUGAAGGACAACUUGACUGGUCAGGAAUGGAACAUCCGCGCCAAGGGCAUCAUCAACGCAACUGGUCCAUUCGCCGACACUCUACUGACAUUGGAUAACCCCUCGCACAAACCCAUUGUCCAACCCUCGUCAGGGGUCCACAUCACUCUCCCGAAUUACUACUCCCCUCGUAAAAUGGGGCUGUUGGAUCCUGCUACUUCCGACGGUCGCGUUAUUUUCUUCCUUCCUUGGCAAGGAAACACCAUAGCUGGCACUACAGAUUCUCCCGCAACCGUCACCCGCGAACCACGCGCUCAAGAAGAGGACAUUCGAUGGAUUCUAGACGAAGUGCGACACUACCUUGCCCCGGAUAUCAAAGUUCGUCGCGGCGAUGUACUCAGCGCAUGGAGCGGCUUGAGGCCCCUUGUCAGGAACCCCGGCGCAUCCAGCACGGAGGGUUUGGUCAGGAACCACAUGAUCCACGUUAGCGAGAACGGCUUGGUCACGAUUGCCGGAGGGAAAUGGACAACGUACAGAGCUAUGGCAGAAGAGACGAUCGACGUUGCCGUCAAAGAGUUUGCCCUAGAGAGUAAAGCCGGCAAGUGCGUCACCGACCAAUUGCGGUUGGUGGGAAGUGACGGCUGGAGUAGAAAUAUGUUCAUCGGUUUAAUCCAGAGGUAUGGCUUAGAGACAGAAGUAGCCAAACAUUUGUCGGACAAUUAUGGCGACCGUGCAUGGACAGUCUGUUCUUUGGCCUCUCCCACUGGGGCGAACUGGCCUCUGCAUGGAAUACGGAUACACCCCCAAUAUCCUUUCAUCGAAGCUGAGGUUCGCUAUGCUGUCCGAAACGAAUACGCGCAGACCGCCAUAGAUGUUCUCAGCCGAAGAACCCGUCUAUCCUUCCUCAACGUCCGCGCAGCCAUCACCGCCCUUCCUCGUGUCGUCGACAUCAUGGCCGAGGAGCUCAACUGGUCUUCCUCACGCAAAGCGGCUGAAAUUGAACGCGCUAUACGCAACUUCGAGACCAUGGGUCUUACAUCUGACGAAGCCAACGUACUUUUACAAAGCGCACAAGCUUCGCAAGGAUGGCUGGGCAGAGUCGAAAGCAAAUUCUGGAAGACUAUUGGAUAUGGCGACACGAAUGCCUUAGGGGCGAAACUUCAGAGCGUUGGACCGGUAUACAGUCGCGCAUUGUUUGGACCUGGCGAAGUUGAAGCACUAAGGAGCGCCUUCGAGAAGAAAGCGAACGUCGUCCAAGACAGCGGCGCGGAGAAUGUAGAAACGGACGACAUCAUGGAAGUGCUGAAGCAGGUACCUGGGUACGAAAAUAUUUCCAAGAAGGAGUACGCCUACGUCCUCGAAGAAGCUGGUUUCAAGCUCCAGACCGUCGUCGAUUUUGACGAGUUCAUGGAGAUCUGUGCAAACCUAAAAGAAGUGUCAUUUGCGCCUUUGAUUUCUGAAGCCAAGAACCAACGCAGAAGAAUUCCUGUUGAGAAGAGUGGUGGAGGAGUUUAA